UUGGUCGACUGUCGGACAGGGCUUGCCCCACCGCAGGCUUUUCGCUCGACCUCCUGCUGCCCACAGGCCUCCAGCUUUUCCUGUUCCUGCUGUUUGCCUCGUGCUUGCUGGCUUCUUCCCCGGGAGCAGCUCUUGCCCCUGUUCUUUGCCUCUGUUGGUGAGGACAUUACAGUGAUGUCUGCAUUCAACCUACUGCAUUUGGUGACCAAGAGCCAGCCAGUGGCCCUACGAGCCUGUGGGCUUCCCUCAGGGUCAUGUAAGGAUAAAAAGACCUGUAAAGUGCUCUUCUCCCAACAAGAUUUGAAGAAACGACUGACGCCUUUGCAGUACCAUGUUACUCAGGAAAAAGGAACUGAAAGUGCCUUUGAGGGAGAAUACACAUAUCACAAAGCUCAUGGAAUAUACAAAUGUGUGGUUUGUGGAACCCCUUUGUUCAAAUCAGAGACAAAGUUUGACUCUGGUUCAGGCUGGCCUUCAUUCUACGAUGUGAUGGCUUCUGACACAAUUACGUUCACUGAUGACUACUCCUUCGGGAUGCACAGAGUUGAGACAAGCUGCAGUCAGUGUGGCUCUCAUCUUGGACAUAUAUUUGAUGACGGGCCUCGUCCAACUGGUAAACGAUAUUGCAUAAACUCGGCUUCGCUGUCUUUUCAGUCUGCUGACACGAACCAGCCUGGAGAAGGAAACGUUAGCUCUACUCCUGUCCAAACAGAUAAGACCGAGCUGUAGAAGGAAGUAAUUCCUUAGAAAGCUCAUGUUACUAGAUGAAGAAUGUUAUUCUCGAUCACCUUCUAUACCACGUAUUUUUUUAAAUUGUGAAGAUAUUCUGUACUACUGUCAUAUUUUCUUGAAUCAAAAUGGGGGCCUUGUGUGCCAAUAGACUUUUAUUAUAUUAUUGCAUCUAAAUAAUUGUGAAUUCCUGAUCUUCAGAAGAAUCCCACAAGAAAAAAGACUUGGACAUUAUGGAAUUCUGCCUGCCUACUGCUUUGUUACUAAAGGUUCAAACAAAAUCUGUUUUUGUGACCGAGAAGGAAUUGCAGUUUCUCAGGGUCAAUGCAGACUGCAGUGCAAACAGCAUUCUGAUAUUUUUUGUGAUUUAUUCUGAUGUACAUGUCUGUGGACAUGUAUAGUCAAUUAUUUGUUUGAAAACAGCCACAUUCUUGAGUGAUGGAUUAUAUCCAGUCCAUCCUUUGGCUAACAUUUUUGCCAGCAUUCACAAUAGCUGAUAGCUGAUCACCUAAGUGUGAUGUAGUAUUUUAUUGGCAGUACUAAAUCCCAUUCAAAGUGUUGACCUUUCUUAUGUUAAGGUUCAUUAUAGCAGCUAGCAGAUUUUUAUUUUUUUUGUGAGUCUUUGCUUUUCCAAUAUAACAGAUUAAAUUAAAAGUCACAAUUUAAAUUGAUAUGAAUAGAGGCAACAGUAGGUUGACCUUUGUAGAGCCCAAUCUUCCAGAACAAAUAGGGCAGCCACUAGUGAAGCUGUGCCCCUAGUAAGGGUCAUUUAAAAAAUUAACAAUAUUCAGAACAGCCAAAGAUGAUUUACAGGAUAAUCUGUAUUAGCUUUGUGGGAGGGAUGGGAUGCAGUAAAAAACUGAUGUGAUAUAUAAUAUUUCUGAUUCCUAAAACCCCACUUCUUAAUUUAUCCUGGGAAAGUUAGCACCUCAUCAGAGAACGACUCAACUUCCCACAAUUAGAAGAGAUUCUGGUUUCCUUCCUUUCAAGCUAUGGCCACUGUGCCAUUUGAAGCAUCCAGCUGCUAUACCUGUUCAUAUACAAGUCUGUGACACAGGCCCUUUCCGCACGAGCCAUAUAUGGCGCCCUGGGGACGGCAAAAACGCCGUCCCCAGGGAGCCGUUCGCACAGGGGGCGCAGCUG